AAAAUCGGCCGUGGAAUGGGUUGUUCAGCUAGUUUUGUGAGGUUGAAGGGCACAUGUGAUUUUAGGAAGAUUACCUAUAAACUGGCAACAUUUUUUAUAUUUAUGGGAAGACUAUUGCUGAGUACCUAUUGGACAAACCAAGAAGCUCCAUACCGACGGUGGAACAACCUCUUAUCCAUGCAUGUAGGAUGUUCAGCUCAAGUGAUUAGGCUAUAUGCAAUUGUUUCAUUCAGUGCAGACUGCAUGGGUAAUCGGACGAAUCGUAGUGCACUGUUUUGAUAUGAGUCGGAAGACAAUGAGACGGCAAGAGAACACAACGGCAGCAUAGGAGCAGUAGUUCCGCACGUGACCAGGACCAAGAGUUUUGGAUACUCAACCAUGAAGACCCCGAAAUCCAUGGGCGAGAUGCCAGGCUCCCCCUCCCGCUCUCGGAAGUCUCGCUUCAGCCUCCGCGGCCAGAAGAAGAAGGAGAGCCUGAUCCAGGGCAAGCUGCGCAUCCGCUCCAUGCCAGGUGUCUUCUUGGUCCUGGGUGUCAUCGUGGUGGUGGUGGGCACCGCACUGGCCGUGGCAGGGUACUGGCCCUACCGGACGCACCGCUCAGCCUUGCCUGAACCGACUGAUGGAGGAGGGGUUGUGGAGCCCCAGGCUUCUGGCUGGAGUCUGGGGGCCAAGGGCCUCCUUUCCACAGCCGGCCUCAUCCACAGUGAGAGGAUGAAGCUGCUGGGCCCUGUCAUCAUGGGCGUGGGCCUCUUCAUCCUCAUCUGCGCCAACACGGUGCUGUAUGAGAACCGCGACAGGGAGACCCAGAUGCUCCUGGCACAGAUGCGCAACGUCAUCUGCUCCGUGUCGGCGGCAGUGCCCUCGGCCGACCUCUCGGAAAUUGCGGCAGCCAACUCCAUGGCGAGACACUACCAGUGGUUGAGCAGUCUGCCCGCCGCCCACCUCAAUAUCCUGUGUCUACAACAGCUGGCCUGUUCUGAGCCCUUAUUGCAGACCAGGGACCUGGGGGAGGAGGACAUGCCAGGCAGAACCUACCGGCAGGCUACUCUGAGGACAGAGGCCCUGCACCACCAGGAGUCCGCCUCCACCCCCUCCCUCCACUCAUCCCACUCCAAUUCCUGCAACUCCAGCAAGACAGACUGCAACACACUGGCAGAGACGGAGGUAGACCCCCAGCGUGCCACCCUCUUUAAGCUCAACAACUGCCUGGUGUCGGCCAGCUCCAUGUCCACCCUGGGUGUGGACGACUGGGAUGCCCCUGCCACGCUGCCCAGACGCUCCCACAGUGUGAGCUACAGAACUAACCCUCAUGGCCCACACACCACUGCAGUGUGUCUGGGGGAGAAGCUGGCAGCACCCUGCGGACAGGGACAGUUAGGAAGGGCCAAGCCAGCCAGGAGAGAGUCCAACACAGACGUGUGUGUGAACAUCUGUGGGCGGGAGGCAGAGACCCCGGAGCUCAUGUCUGUGGAGGUGCAGAGGCAUCGGAGCUGGCCCCGGAUAGACCUGGGCUAUGCCAGGCGCUACCUGAAGCUGGAGAAUAAGGAGGACUCUGUAGACAAGCUGCUGGACCAGCUAGAGCAGCAAUGCUCUCAGUGGGAUAAGAGCUUUGGCUCGGGGCCUUUCCAGUGAGGGAGAUCUUGGCAAGGAUCCAUCAGCUUGUUGAAGAAGAAUUCCUGUGGAUGCUAAUGCAUCAAUGAGGAGUGUAGGCUCUUCCUCUGGAUCAUGCCACUGCACUUAUUUCCAUUGACUCCUGAAUUCCGAGAGUCCUAAUGCAACCUCAGUCCAGCCCAUGUAUCAUUCUGUGAUAAUACUGUCACACUGUUGGAAACUGUUUUCUUUUGGGAGGUGCAAUGUGAAGGAGCUUCCAGUGUUAAGAUAUCAAUCUAAAGAUACAACACUUGGUCAUUGCUUCUUAGGGUGUGAAUUUCAAAGAACAAAAGUUGGGAUCUGUGGAUGAAUUACAUGGAGUUGGCAGGCAAACAUGU